CAUUCUACAGCAGCUAGCAUCGUAAGCAAGCCAAGAACUAGGCUUUGCCGUUGCACACUUGGUACUGCAGCGUCUUUUUGUGGCCCUCGACCAUAUUUACCAUCUGUGACCUGCACAGCGAACAUAAAACAACAACAGAUCAGUACGCCAGUUGGCCUUGAAGUUGAAGUCCAUGCCUGUCGCCGAGCGCAAGAACCUGGGGUGACCCGCACUUGGUCCUGAAAUUAUCGCCUUAGCAAAUGGCUUUAUUAGAUGAGGCACCAGCUCCCUGCGUGCUUUACCUCAGUCGCAUAAACUUCGUCGUCCUGGGCGUGUUGGUCGUGUUCGGCUUCCUGUACUAUGUCUCGGUAUUUUGCGUGAUCGUGCCGUGGCUCAGCUACAGCGUCCCCGGCAUCACCAACAUGGGGCUACUCACACUGACCACGGGGCUGUCGCUGUACUGCUACAUCUUCUGCGUGCUGCUGGACGCGGGCAGGCCGCCCGCCGACUACCAGCCCGAUCAGGAGCGGUCCAGUGUGCUGGAGGUUAAGCGCAAGGACGGCGCACCGCGGUUCUGCCAAAAAUGCAAUCACUACAAGCCGCCGCGGAGCCACCACUGCCGCAAAUGCCAGCGCUGCGUGCUUAGAAUGGACCACCACUGUCCGUGGACCAACAACUGCAUAGGGCACGCCAACUACAGGGCGUUCUUCUUGUUCCUCAUAUACGUGAACGCGGCGUUGAUGCACGUGGUGGGGCUGCUGGCGGCGCACGGGCUGCACAUCCUGCAGACCAGCCACGCCAACCGCGUGCUGCGCACCGGGCCGCAGGCCAAGCCCGUGCAGCUGGCAGGCGGGUGGAUCGAGAGCGUGUGGCUGUGGGCGGUGCUGCAGGCUGUGGCCUUCAUGGUGGCGCUGCCGCUCACCAUCGGGCUGCUGCUGCUCUUGAUCUGGCACGUGCAGCUCAUCAUGGUUAACAAGACCACCAUCGAGUACCAAGAGGGUGUGACCGCCAACGUCACCGCCGCCGCAAGCGGCAUCGUGGUCGCAGCUGCCGCCAGCUUCCAGCACCCCUACGAUCUAGGGCUGUAUCAAAACAUGAUGACCAUCUUCGGGAGCAACCCCGCGGCCUGGCUGCUGCCGCCGCUUAGGCCCACAUCGGGUGGCACCAGCUACCCCACCAAGUGGGACGAAGGCCGGGCAGACGAUGGCGAGCAUGAAGCGCGGUUGUUGGGCUUUUAGUAAGCCAAGCUCCGGCCGCGCGAAGGGGCUGUGGCGGCGUUCGGUCGGCAAGGGGCGGUGCGGCGGUGCGCAUGCGGCUGUGUGCAGGCGUGGGGGAUGAAGGGAAUGAGGUUGAUGCGCGGCACGAGGCGGGAGCGCAGCACUGCUAGCGCUCGUCUUCUGCCGUGUCUGGCUCGCGGCGUCGUGAUGAUGCGGUGAGCGACAAUGGAGGUCAACAGGCUCGUGGGAGCCUGCAGUGCGGGCGCACUGUACGGUAUGUAAGGAACAGGACAGAAAUGGAUUGCUUGCGUUUGCGAUGGAAGGGGCAGCGGGCGGUAAGAGGGCGUUCCAUCUGCGCGCGGCAUGGAGGUUAGGUGGUGUCGCAGAAGCGACGGUACGGUAAUGCAGUCACACACUCGCACUGCCGCCCGAAGUACCAUCUGGUCGUAAGGCGCAGUACGACUUGCGGCAUGGCGAGACGGGCCGCUCCCUGCACACGUGCGGCAGCAAGGAUCCAGGCGGUCCCAGACCCUGCCUGUAGGACACAUUCCGCCCAGGGCUCCCAGUCUUGCGGCCCAGGGCUCCCAGUCACGGGAAUGUGCACGGAAGUUUCGGCACCCCCUCCUGUAACCGACACCGAUU